AUGCACGAACGGGAGGUCUCGGUUGGCUUGCCGGAGGACUCGCCGACUCGAAGCACCACAGCUGCAUCCGAGUGUGUGGAGGACAAGCAUGCAAGCAUCUCGGCCGACUUGAAGGAGCCGGAAGAGAUUCCGGAGCCGAAGCCGGCUCCAACUACCCCGAUUACGCUGGAAACGCUCCAGGGUGAUUGGGUGAACAGCAUGGGUGCCAAGAUUCGCGUCGAGGGCACUCAGGUUUCUUUGAACGGGCUCGUCAUGAAGGCACAUCCGAUCUUACUGAACGAGGACGGUACUGUCAGCAGUGUGGGACGCCUCUGGCAACUCAAUGGCUGGUUGGAAGAUGAGAAGGUUGAGUUCAAGGAAGCUCCGAGCAAGGAAGUGAUGCAGUAUGCCCGGUCCGUUGUUUGGAGCAAGGUGUCUUCAGAGCGUAUGGAAGCCUGGACGCAGCAGAUGAAGGCCAUGGGCUAUGCAGGGUCCUCCAACAACCCUCUCGCACGUGGAGUCGAGGGCUGCUGUCCGGGCACAUCUGAUGCGCACGCAAAGCUGGUCGCGGAUGACGAAAACAAGGACAAGGCGGAACUGAAGCUGCUCAAUGACCUGAUCGCAAAGUGGAGAGUGCCCGGUGUGAUCAAGGUGGCCCCCCGGAAGGUGAUUCCGGACUUCAGCAACCGAGGCCACACUGGUCUCAGCGUGGAGCAUGUGCACUAUCUCGCGACCAGUUUCAAAGAGAAGGGCUUCCAAAAGCGCAAUGGCAACGAGGGUCAUGACAUCCCUGUUCUUGUGUGUGAGAAAACCAGCAGCGAGCUUGGAAAGAAGUCCAUUGAGAACUGGAGGGCGAAGCUCAAUGAUGAGAAGGGUUUUGCUCCGCAGGAGCACUACGAGCGACUCUUUAGGGGAGAGGAGCUCUACACCUCUUUGGGCAAUGGGCACUUCAACCAGGCUCUGAACCUUUUUUUCCGGGAAUGCCCCAGCAUCUACAACCAAGAGAAGUACACCAUUGGCCAGGACCGUGAUCUGAAGGAAGCUGUCUACCAGGGUGUGGGUGCAAUCGUGCUGAAGGCCGAGAUCCCUUUGAGAGAUCGUGAGACUAUCAGCAAGCUCCUAAACUCCAAACGCGAGUUUAAGUGGAACGUUCAACCGGAUGGAACCCUGGACAUCUCGGAUGCUUUCGAAGACACGCGCACCUGCAAGCAGUUCGAGGCCCUCAGCAAGGUGCUUGAUGCAGUGGAACUGAACUGCUUGGUGAGAUCUGAGCUCGGUGUACGGGACAGCCAUCGCGUUGGUCAAUGA